GAAUUUUCAUCUUUUUACGUAGGAUGGAGGAGAUCGACAAUAUAAUAAUUCACUCGUUGCGACAAAUAGGCUGUGACAUUGAAGAGAACGUAACGAAUCUUAGUAGCUUUAACACUGAACUAGUUGUGGAAGCCACUGUAAGAUGCUUAGAAGCAAUAAGGCCAGGUUUAGGUUUGUCUAUUGUAUUACCUAUAAACAUGGCAGCGCGCUUUCGACUGGGCGCUACUCUUGCACAAACGUGCAUGGAGCUUGGAUACAGAGGUGACAUCGGCUAUCAGACAUUCCUAUAUAACUCAGAAGCAGAUCUACGAAGAGUAUUUAUGUUUCUCAUUGAAAAACUGCCAAAGGAGAGUGAGAAAACCGUAAACGAAUCUAUCAGUAAAGUCGCUUUAUUAGAGAAAUCGGUAGCAUCUGCAAUAUCCCAAGGACUCUCCAUACCAUGGUUACCACAUUAUUGUCAUAAACAGGGUUUCAGGAAUAGAGGAAGAGCGAAUGUCCCUUAUGUGUCUGUAAAUCUCGAAAUACCAAUAGCAAAUAUCGAAGAUGAUUAUAAAGACUAUUGUAUGCGCUAUUUACAACCAGUGCCUGAACAAAUGCAAGACAUUGCGUGCUUUUUACCUUCAAUGAUAUCGUACAAUGCAAAAACGCUUAAUACUUCUCCGACAGAUAUUAUGGAACGCAUAAAUUGGCUUAAUAGCCAACAUUCUGAAAAACCUGUUUAUUCUAAUGCGUUUAAUAUUGUCAAAGAAUUUAGCAAAUUCUCGUCAGAGAACAAGACACAAACUUCAACAGAAUCUCAGGUGAAACUAGAAUCUGCAAUGCAUCCAGUGCUUCCAGAUCAAGAAACAUUAAGAAAUCAGGCGAAACAGGAAGUUGAAACAGAAAAGAUGAAAGCAGAAUGCGAAAGUCUUAGAAUAAAUAUAGAAGAAUUACAAAACGAAAUUAAAAAAUUGACCACCAGAUUAGCUCAAGCAACAAUAACUGGCCAAAAUGAAGAGAAGGAAUUAAAAAUCAAUGAAGAACAAAAAAAAAUCAAAGCAAAAGCAUACGAACUCCUUCAAGAUGGGCCAGAGAAUGUAAAGAAAUUGGAAUCUGCAAUUGAGGCUAGCACAAGCAAACUGAUUAAUUUAGCAAAUCAGUGGGAAAAACAUAGGGUGCCCUUAAUUAUGAAAUAUAGGCAAGAAAGAGAGAAACAUUCCACAAAAGCAAAUGCGAGUCAAAAAAAGCUGGACGAGAUAAAAUUGUUAAAAGAGAAGGAAAAAGAACUUCAAGAAGAAUGUCGAAAUAAGGACCAACAAUAUUCACAGUUGGUCACAGAAGUUCAGAAACUUCCUAAGGAAGUAAAUAGAUCUGCAUACACUCAACGAAUUUUAGAAAUAAUAAAUAAUGUCAGGAAACAGAGAGAUGAGAUAAGCAAGGUUCUGGCAGAUACUCGUGAAAUUCAAAAGGAAAUCAAUACGCUUACUGGGAGAUUGGAGAGAUCCUUUACCGUCGUAGACGAGCUAAUAUUCAGAGAUGCAAGAACAAAUGAAGCUUCGCGGAAGGCUUACAAAUUAUUAGCGACGUUACAUUCAGACUGUAAUGAACUCGUAAGUUUAGUCGAAGAAACAGGUGCGACAAUACGAGAAAUUAGAGAUUUGGAAGAACAGAUCGAUUCCGAGUCCGCGAAAAACGUUGGUGCUAAUUUGGAAAGAAUAACUGCCGAUUUAAAACAGAUGAAACAAGAAACCGCCGCAUUAACCGCACAACUCCAAAGUAAAGCCUCGUGAUUGUUAUGUACAAUACAGCGUCAUUUUGCGAAUUGUAAUGUUCAGGACCAGAUGAGUUUAGUACAGAAUAUAAAACGAAUACAAUCGAAUGCAUUAAAGACCAAACAUUUUUUAGCUACGCAAUCAGCAGAACAUAACGCGAUAUUGCCCAUGAGAGUCUCCAUGAAUAACUAAGUUAACUGUUAAACAAACGUGCCUUGGCCUGAAGUCAUCAGGCAUUAGGCUUUUAUUAGCCUCGGGCCAAGUGUAUAAAACAUGCUAUUAACAUCAAUGCUCAAAGAGACAUUAUUUAUUAUAAAGCCUAAUAAUUUUUUAGCAUCGAGUUCAACUUUCGUAUCUCUCGCAACUUGAAGAUCUGACUUGCGGCUGUAAAUAAAAUAACUGCUAAAACAUCACUUUCAAACAAAGAACAUGUACAAAAUAUAGAAUGUGUAUAAGGGUAAAAUCAACGUUUAAUAUUUUAUACAUACUCUCCUUGAAAAUUAUUUUCAUAAGAUAAAUAUCUGAGACAUACACACGCACACACAC